AUGGAGAUCUCAAAUACGUUAUCUCAACCCAAGAUCAAUCAAUUGAUUUACUCGUCCGAAACUAUUCAUUUAAAAAUGCACCCUGCUAUAUUGAAAAAGAAUAACUAUGUUAAACACCACCCCCUCACACUUUUAUUGACAACAUCAACCUUGAGCAAGGUCCUUCACCAAUUAUUUGAAAUUGGAGCUAUAAGGUUUGAUACCGAUUCGACUGCAGAUUUAAUUAUUAAGAAAUACAUGGGGUGUCCUUAUUGGGAUCUAAAUUUUAUAUCAUACUAUGACAUAGAUACCUUGCGAAUGAUAAUUGGAUUACAAUUGUCAAUUUGCAAUGAGCUCAAACUUAGAGGUUCUCUACCUCAGUAUUUUAAGAUGGGUGGCUCUUUCAAUAAUGGCGUGAUAACAUUGCCACCACAAGACAGUACUGACGAGUUAAUGCAACAGUUGGUGGCAUGUGACAAAACCGAGAUUAUUAUAUAUACACCACAAAUUGUCACUUUAGAUGAGAUCCGAAACCGUAACAAACACGAAACAGAUUCAAUAGAUCUAGGUACUGACAAUGAAGAUACAUACGAUCUGAUGCGCCUGGUUUCAACCACGUUAUCAUUCAACCGGCGCGAGAUUAAACAAAUUUUGGGAGCUGGUGGAACAAGAUUAGAUUCGAUACGUAUACAACUGAGAUGCUGGAUCCAUAUCGACCUGACACCUUAUGAAUCUCAACAACAGUACAUUGAUGGAAAUAUGAGAUUUAUUAGUAAGAAUAAUAUGAGACAAGAUAUAACGAUAAAUGGGUUAAGCCAGAAUGUUGAUAUUGCGAUUAAUGAAAUUUAUAAUUGUGUUUUACCUAGGUUGUGGAAAGAACGACAAACUGUGUAG